AUGAACAUAAUUUAAUUAAAUGGAGGUACAUAUUUCGGAGCAUAUCUACUGGAGCUCAGUUUGCUUUUCUCGUCCUCUUUUAGAUGAUUCAUCAUGAAGUUCCUCUUCGUAUAUCAAUUUGUUCUUUUGCUGUGCGCCACAAAGAGCGAAAGCACUUGGGUGGAUUUGCCAAUACUACACCCCCUUAUACAACCGAUUUGGGUCAAUAAAACCUGGGACGAGGACACAAACGUUUCAAACUACAACAUGCGUUUCCGUGGUCCUUCUGAUACAAAGGAGGAAUUAGAUGUUAUUUCACUUGUUGAAGUGGAGAGGGGAGAUCGAAUGUCCAUAUUCGAAUCACACGUACAAGUUCCUUUAGGCGAUUAUAUGUUCAUCUCUCUUAAAUCUGCUUCGACCUCCGAUACUUUCAAAAUGAGCAUUGUAGGCGAUGCUAAGAGUGGGAGUCAGGACCAAUUUCCUGGACGACUUUGUGAAUUUGAGAUAACAAGAGAAACAAUUGAACAAACAACAUGGUAUUUAGCCUUGCCAUAUGGACCCUGUUAUUCUGAUCCAAAAGAAAAUCUCGAUAUUUUUGUGUACUUUGAAGUUAAUCUUCGAAAAGGUAACCAAAGUUAUCUGUAUAAGGGAAUGGAAGAGAAUAAUUCUGACCUUAAGAAGUAUGUAGAAUAUGUUGAUGAAAUAGAUGUACAUUCGCUAUUUAUAUAUAACAAAAACAUGCAAGCAGACGGAUAUCAAUCGGACACUCCAUUUAUUUGCAUUCUUGUGAUGAAGUAUAUGCCUUCUCAACAGGACAUUAUUACUGUGUAUGGCUGGACGAUGCAGAUUGAAAAUAAAACAAAUGUACAUUAAUGCCAUUCUUUACAUUUUGUAUGAUUGCUACUGUGGAAUCAUUAAAUUUCGUGGUGGAACAAUUUUCGUGGAAUUCGUGGGUACCUCUCAUCCACGAAUUUACAUCCUCCACGAAUUCAUAAAUUAGUGAUUUAAUAUCAUAUGUCCUUAUGUUGGUAUAAAAAAAAAUACACGAAAUUACGUCCCUAUGAACCUGUAAAAGUUAACCAAUCCACGAAAAUUAGCCCCCACGAAUUAUAAUGAUUCCACAGUAUAUGAAUUGAAAACCAUUGUGAGAUGAACUAUGUAAGAAAUUAAAUAUGUGAUUUGUUAACACAUUUAGAAUGGAAUAGAACUUCUUUUAUAAAGAAAUAAAAAAUAAAAUGAAGUA